AUGAGACUCCCUUUCCGCAGAAAGGACAAGAAGAAGAGCGAGUCGUCGUCGUCGUACCCCGAGGAGUUCCGCCCCUGGCCGCCCGCCACGACUUUUCAUGCGCCACCGACGUACAGGUCGGCGCAACUCCUGGACCAGUUCUCCCACGCCUUGCUGCAGCGCAUCUUUGCCUUUGUCUGCCCGCACACCCGCGACGAGAGCUACGACCCAUGCGAAGAGAGCGCCGGCGACGAUGGGUGCAUGCUCUGCGACCUGCGGGACCUCUCCCACUGCGCGCAGGUGAACCGGACGUGGCGGGCGAGCGCCGUCACGAUCCUAUAUCACAGCGUCCGCAUCGACCCGGUGCACUACUGCAAGCUGGAGGCGUUUCUGGCGGAGAAGCGCAAGAAGACGUCACGGUUUGAUCGCAAUGGAAUCCCCGAGGACCCUGCGCUUGCCCGCCUGAGGCUCUUUCGACGGACCGUCCGUGAUGACCCGACGCGGAUAGGCAAGCUCGUCCAGUUUCUCAAGACGCCGUACAUGAUCCGAGAGUCCUGCCACGUCGAGCUGGCCCAGACCAUCGCCGUCCUCCCCAAUCUCAAGUACGUCGACCUGCCCGAGGGCAUGUUCGCGGACGAACCCAACUACGCGACGCUGCGACUCGAGGUCCAGGCCCGAUGCCCCAACCUGCGCAAGAUGUCGUACGUCAAGGGAUCCGAGAGGAGCUUCGCUGCCUUGGCCCAGCCCCAGGUAUGGCCGUGCCUGGAGGUGCUGGAGCUCGACCGUCUGGACGUGGAUCCGAUGGUCCUGCGAAACGUCCUGGGAUCACUUACGAGGCUUCGCGCUCUCAAAGUGACGGAGACGCCGAGCUUCUCUGACGAGGUCAUGGUCGCUGCCGACAGCCUGCCGCCCAUGCCGGCACUGGAGGAACUGGUGGUGAAGGAUGCGCCACGGAUGACGGUUGCAGGCCUGGUUGAGUAUCUGUCGUGGUACGAGACGCAGUCGGCGCUCCGGGUGCUGACCCUCAAGGACACCGGAGUCCAGCCCUGGCGGCUCCAGGAGGUACUGCAGAUGGCGCCGGCACUCAGAACGCUUGCCAUCCAGGCUAAGGUCCAGGAUCCGUUCCCAACCAACGAAUCGCCCGCGCUGUUGUCGUCCAAGAGGCUUAAGACGCUGCGGUACGAGAUAUCGUCGACGUCUGGAGCAGGCCCGUACGCCACUCCUGGAUACUACACGUAUCUGGCGUCGUGCAUCAUGUCGGGCAACCUACCCCGGCUCCGAAGACUUUACGUGCGCGACGAGAGCUUUCCCGACAAACUUUCCGGACUGCCACCGCCCCAAGCCGCCUUUUCCGGUAGACGACCAGGUUCAAGCUCGUCCAACGCGAGCCCGCCGGCGGUACGAGUCUCGCCACUCCCCGUCCAGCCCCCUCGCUCCCCUACGUUUCCCAGCCGACAGCCCAUGUCGCCCACAGGCAAUCCUAACCGGUUCAGCUCCAACAACCCCUUCGCGCAACCUAGGGCGGGUCCAUUCCCGCCGACGCAGACGCUCGAGGUGUUUACCAAGAACGACGAGUACGGCAAGUGGAACUUUGCUCGGGUCGACUCGUUUACCGCCGCCGAGACGGGAGGACACGGCGACAGACGGCCAAUGAGCAGCUACGGCCUCGCCGCGGACGUGACGGGGCCGGGCUGGGACCGCGGAGAGGCGCGGAGGAGUGUUUUGAUCGGCAACGGGACCAGCGGCUUCCUGGCGGUGCCCGGAGGCACGGGCGACGCGGGAUUUACGCUGAGCGCGCCGCCCAAGCCCUUUGCCAACGCCGCGCGGCCUCGCAGCAGCGGUGGCGAGCCGACGAGGAGCAGAGGACACUGGAAGUAG